UUUCCCUUCCAAUAUUCUCUCCACUCAUAAUUCUCUUCCGCUCAACUUCACAGAAACUCAGAUUUAUCCAUUUUUAUUUUAAUAAAUACGCUUAGAAAAAUAAUUAAAUCAGAAUCAGUUCUUUGGUUAUGGCGUCUCUGAUCUCAGAUACUGAACCGCCUUCGCAUCCACACCCAAGCUCCACCGAUCUCCUUCGAAGGAAGAAGAGACUCUCUGCUUCCUCCUCCGCAUCCGUAACCACCGGAGACGACGGCGAUAGCCACCACGCGCGAUGGAGAUCGGAGAAGCAGCAGCGAAACUACUCCGCCAAGCUGAUCCAGGCGCUGCAGCAGGUCCGCCUCGGCUCCUCCUCCUCCUCCUCCGCCGCAGCGACACCAUCUCCAAAACGCGGGAAAGCCGUCCGAGAAGCCGCCGAUCGCGCCCUCGCCGUCUCCGCUCGCGGGAGGACGCUCUGGAGCAGAGCGAUCCUGGCGAAUCGGAUCAAGCUCAAAUUCCGGAAACAGAAACAGCCGAGACCGGCGGCGGCGAUCCCGGCCGUGAUCACGACGACGGGAAGUAUCAGCAGCAGCGGCGGCGGCGGGAGGAGAUCAUGGAAGAAACGGAGAGUGACGGUUGUGAAACUGAAUAAGAAGAGUAUACCGACGGUUAACCGGAAAGUACGUGUACUCGGCCGGUUAGUUCCGGGUUGCAGGAAAGAAUCGGUACCGGUUAUUCUGGAAGAAGCGACGGAUUACAUCCAGGCUUUGGAGAUGCAAGUCAGAGCCAUGAAGUCUCUAGCGGAGCUUCUCUCCGGGUCAAACUCAGCUCCUACUAGGCCCAUUUGAUGAGGUUAAAAUCGUCAUUUCGAUUCUGCCAUCUCUCUGUGUACACCAAAACACUUUCAUAUUAAUAUAAUAAUAUAUAUAUUCUAUAAACA